AUGUCUCAAUGGAACAGCUGGAAGAUAAGGAUAAGCCCCAUCACUCCAGACUCCGAGAUCUCUUUUAAGCCGAGAAAGCCGAGGAAGGACGAGGACCGUGACGAAAGAAAUAAAACAAGACAACUAGAAAAAUGUUGCCCAGGAUUUAUACAAAGAGACCAUCAUUGUAUAUCUAAAUGCGGCAACUGUCAAAAUGGGAUUUGUAAAGAGGAAAUAUGUCACUGUGCACCUGGAUUUAGUGGAAUAAACUGUGACACUAGGUGCACAUUAGGUUUAUGGGGACAAAAUUGUACAAAUGUAUGCAACUGCAGUUCUGAGUUUUGCAACCCCACAGAUGGAAGUUGCGUACAAAAUACUUACAAAAGUAUUCGCAGCGAGGAAAAUGACAGUACAACUUUAGAGGCAUAUCAAUCAAAAGUUUAUGAAGAAAAAUUGAUUAAUCAAACUACGGAAACUGUAUCUGUAAGUACAAAUGUUAACAGUGUUGAAGACUGGUACAAUAACAAUGUCAAAUCUGCUCCAAGGGAGGAAACUGUUUCAAAUUUUAUAUCUAAUAGGUUCUCUACAACUACAGAACCCAUUACCACAAAUAUUUACGCUACACUUCCAACAGAUCAUACAGCGAUUAAAAAAAAUAAUUUAACUUUGGAUAAGUAUCAAACAAAAGUUGAAAACAUAUUAGACUCAUUAAAGAAAACCAAAAACAAAACACAGGGCCACCCAAACGUUAGACACAAUUUAGUAAAUGAUAACGAAGGAUCACUAAUCCCUGUUGGUAUUCAGUACGAUCAAAUCGCAAGACCUUUGAUGCAAGAAACUACAACUCCAUCAACGACAGAGGAAGAAAAGUAUUACCUGGAAGAAGGCAGUAAAACUGACACCACCAAAAUUCCUUCAAAAGAAUAUUACUUCUUUAACAGCAUAAGUGUUUCUGCCGCUACUACAGUAGCUCUAAUUUUGUUAGCUCUAGUAAUUGUUACAAUAAAGAGGAAGUACAAACACAAACAAAAAGUGGACAACAAGAAGAAUGAUGUAUUAGCCGUUUAUACUACUAGUAUUUUCCAUACACCUUUGCCAGAUCCUCCAACGUGUGAAAAUCCAUCAUAUCUUUCAUCACUGGAAUGCCAAACCUGCUUAAGUGAACCAACAGUUAAAACUUGUACGGUUUAUAGUAUGAAUACGUCCAAUCAAACCAAACCAGACUGCAAGAAUUAUGAAUACGACUAUCCCCCUUCUUCAGGGAGUUACAGAGCUGCGUCCAUAAUUGAGCCCCUGGAUGCAAAUGUCAAUCAGAGACCCAUCUUUAUACAAACAGAACCAGUCUAUGAUGAAAUUCCUUGCCGUGGCGAUUUUGAAUCGAUGAUUGGGGAAACACCUGAAAGUGAGACUGUAUCUCUGUACAUGAAUACUGGUGGUUUAAGGAAAGUUCAAAAUAAAUGAUACUAAUUACACGGUUUUUAGCAAUGAAUGCAAUUAUCUUAAAAGCAUUUUUUCUAGUAAUUAUGUUUCAAAUAUUUUUCUCAUAUAAAUACAUUUGUUUUAAUUAAUUGCUAGCAAAUUUUAAGAUAUUUCAAGUGGGUAGUAUAAGAAAGAUGCUACUAGAAAUUUUCGGAAUAUUCUGCCUUUUUAAGCCCAAAUAAAAUUGUGUUUAGAUUUUCUAAAUACCCCAACUUUGGAAAAUGGUAUUAAAUAUAACACAUCUGCCAAAUCCACUUUAAAAUCAAAUUCCCUAAUUUAUUAUAUUUAGUUUUGCAGAGGACAAAUUAUAGAUUUUUCUAGAGUUAAUCUAAAACUGAAUUGAGGUUACCAAAAAAUUUAAAUGCACUUUAAGAUUGUGAUCAGUUAAAAAUUGUCGUUCAUUUUUUUUUUAAUAUAACUACUAGAAUAAAACUGAAUGCGAAAUACAUUGUAUAUAAAUAAAUAUAAAUAAAUUGAGGCU